AUGCUGCCGCCGGCGCUGACCCUGCUGCUGCUCCUCGGCUGCCUGGCGGCGGGCAGCGGGACCCUCUCGCAGGAUGACACGGGGGAGGCUGCUGCAAAUAUCUGGCACCCGUACAAUGGAGCAGACUCUGCAGUGGUUGGUGGACCAGCAGAAGAAGCUGCAACAGAGCAUGCAAUCUUUCCAACAGGCACACCAGCUGGAGAGACAAUCCCUGCUGGCCUGGCAAGCAAAGCAACAGACGAGCUUGCAGAAAUUUAUCAGGGAGCAAGCACAAGUGCAGCAGCAGUUGCUUCAGACACUGAGAGCCAGCCCACAACAUCCGAUGAGACGGUGGUGGCAGGUGGCACCGUGGUGCUGAAGUGCAAGGUGGAGGAUCCCGACGACUCCUCACUGCAGUGGUCCAACCCAGCCCAGCAGACGCUGUACUUUGGGGAGAAACGAGCGCUCCGGGAUAACAGGAUCCAGCUGGUGAAGUCCACACCCAACGAGCUGGCCAUCAGCAUCAGCAACGUGGUGCUGGCAGACGAGGGCGAGUACACCUGCUCUAUCUUCACCAUGCCUGUGCGGACGGCCAAGGCCCUCGUCACCGUGCUGGGAAUCCCCCAGAACCCUCAAAUCUUUGGCUACGAGCUGCCCAUCCGAGAGACAGAGACGGCCCAGCUGACGUGUAGAUCCUCUGGCAGCAAGCCAGCUGCCCAGCUCCGCUGGAAGAAAGGCAACAAGGAGCUGCAGGGUGGGGCCCCCGAGGUGAUGGAAGAUUCCAACGGGAAAACCUUCACUGUCACCAGCCACGUUGAGUUCACCGUCACCAAAGAAGACAACGACGUGGAGGUGACCUGCACAGUGGAUCAUGAGUCCCUGCAGAACUCAGAGAGAUCCACCAGCCAGAAACUGCAGGUCCACUUUAAGCCAACGGCAACGAUCGAGCCGGACCCCCUCUACCCCCGGGAGGGCGAGGAGCUGCGGCUGCAGUGUGAAGCCCAGGGCAAUCCGAUCCCCCAGGAGUUCCUGUGGACGAAGGAGGGCAGCGAUGUCCCCCUGAAUCUAAACACCAACCGAGUCCUCACCCUCCCCUUCCUCAACAAGAGCGACAGCGGCACCUACAUCUGCAUGGCCACCAGCACCAUGGGCAGCGUCGUAGUGAGGUACAACCUGGACAUCAAUGAUUUUUCCCAGCUCCCCACCCCACAUGUUCACUCCACUCCAGCCCCUUCGUCAGGCCCUUCCCAGUUCACCACUCAUGUUACCAUGGCUACUGCUUCAUCCUUCACUCCAGUCGCUGUCCAAGACGCUAGCCCGAUGUCUUCCUCCUCUGGCACAUACCAUGCUGUGGUUGGUGGAGUGGUCGCAGUCAUCGUCUUUCUGCUGCUCAGCCUGCUCAUCGUCCUGGCACACUACCUAAUCAGGCACAAAGGUACCUACCUGACUCAUGAGGCCAAGGGAUCAGACGAUGCCCCGGAUGCUGACACUGCCAUCAUCAAUGCGGAGGGAGGCCAGGCCAGCGGCGAUGACAAAAAGGAAUAUUUCAUCUAG